GGUGCUUGCCGAGCGCGACCCCGAAACCGGCAGGUGGGCGGGAGCGCGUGCUCGAGAGAGACAGCUAGGGAGAGCGAGAGACAGCAAUUGACAGAGGAAAACGGGUAGACCGACUAGCAGAGAGAGACAGAGAGGCAGUGCGCAUGCAGUGCAUACGACGACAUACGGAAGGAGAAUAGCACCUGUUAAGGCGAUAAGGGAGACGAUUAUCUAGCAGACUGUUAGUCAGCCAAGAAAAAGAUACGGAUAUUAGGGCUACCUGUGAAAGAAUAUGAUAUAUGGAGAGGAUGACCUAGAAAGAGAUGCAGACUGUAUAGGGAUUGCCAGUGGGUUAGAGAGAAGCUGAUUGUAGAGGGCUGUCUGAAAGUUAGACAUCCUCUGAGACAUAGCCAUUCAUUUAGAGACAGCCUGGUGUCUAUUGAAUGAGACACACAGGAGCCUACAGAGAGACUGCCAGAGGGUUGGAGUGGAUUACAAAAGAGUCAGGUAGAGGCCUAUAGUAUAACAACCACCUAUAGACCCGAAGCUUUAGGCUUCCCCUUUGGGGGCAGCAAGAAAAUGGAGAGAAAGUGACAGGGGCAGUGUCAAAUCUAUUCAUAUAUCUGCACAGCCACCCAAAGAGAAAUCCCUGGGCAGCAAGAACCAUGUCAGGACCCCGGGUUCAGAACAAGCUAUCCAGCACAGAGCGUCCUGUCAGAGCGGUUCCAUUUCCACCCACACGUCGCUUGUCUAUGAAUGAGGUGUUUGUAGACGGGCGCCCCCAACUAGAGACCCUGAAAAAUCACCUGGCCAAGGAAGGGAGGCUGGAGGAGGAGGUGGCUCUGCGCAUUAUUCGCGAUGGAGCCGCAAUCCUGCGACACGAGAAGACAAUGCUUGAUGUAGAAGCUCCAAUCACAGUAUGUGGAGACAUUCAUGGACAGUUUUUUGAUCUUAUGAAGCUGUUUGAAGUUGGAGGUUCUCCCCACACCACACGCUACCUCUUCUUGGGGGACUACGUGGAUCGAGGAUACUUCAGUAUAGAGUGUGUCCUUUACUUGUGGAGUCUGAAAAUUAUUCACCCCAAGACCCUGUUCCUGCUGCGAGGGAACCAUGAGUGCCGACAUCUCACAGAGUAUUUCACCUUUAAACAAGAAUGUAAGAUUAAGUAUUCAGAGCGAGUGUACGAUUCUUGCAUGGAUGCCUUUGACUGCCUUCCUCUGGCGGCUUUGCUGAACCAGCAAUUCCUAUGUGUACAUGGGGGCCUUUCCCCUGAGAUUUCCUGCUUAGAUGACAUCCGGAAGUUAGACAGAUUUAAAGAACCUCCAGCAUUUGGACCAAUGUGUGACCUUCUGUGGUCUGACCCAGCUGAAGAUUACGGUAAUGAAAAAACAAUGGAGCACUUUACCCACAACACUGUACGAGGGUGUUCCUAUUUUUACAGUUACCCUGCUGUAUGUGAAUUUUUGCAAAGCAACAACCUAUUGUCAGUGAUCCGAGCCCAUGAAGCACAGGAUGCUGGAUAUCGAAUGUACCGCAAGAGUCAGACUACUGGUUUCCCCUCUCUCAUCACCAUCUUUUCGGCUCCCAACUACCUUGAUGUGUACAACAACAAAGCUGCAGUGUUAAAGUACGAAAACAACGUGAUGAAUAUCCGUCAGUUUAACUGCUCUCCACACCCUUACUGGCUGCCAAACUUUAUGGAUGUCUUCACUUGGUCCUUGCCAUUCGUAGGAGAGAAAGUGACAGAAAUGCUAGUUAACAUCCUAAGUAUAUGCUCCGAUGAUGAGCUGAUCACCGACGGCGAAGACGCCUUAGAAAGUGGUGCUUCUGUGCGUAAAGAGAUUAUCAGAAACAAGAUCCGAGCAAUUGGGAAGAUGGCACGAGUGUUUUCUGUACUAAGGGAAGAGAGUGAGAGUGUCCUCACACUAAAAGGUCUAACGCCCACAGGAACACUACCCCAAGGGGUGCUGUCUGGGGGCAGACAGACCCUCGAGAGUGCCACAGUGGAAGCAGCUGAGGCUCAGGAAGUCCGUGGCUUUUCACCUCAGCACAAGAUCCGCAGUUUUGAAGAAGCUCGGGGCCUAGAUCGUGUCAAUGAACGCAUGCCCCCCCGACGUGCAUCCUCCCCCCAGGAGCCCGUCCUCAAUUCUGCUGACAAGACCAGCACUGGCAAGAGCCCGCAGUGACCUCUUCCCAUCAAAACCUGCAUCUUUGCACCAACCCCUCCAUACAUGAACCCCAAAACUGAGUGUGUGAAGGCAGGAUUCCAAUGACCAGGCUGACAAACAGAAAUUGCACACACACAAAGAAAGAGCAGUACAAAUAAAAGUCUCUGUUGCAAUAUGAUGGUUAUUGAGCAACAUUUAUAAACAGACAUUUACAAUCAGACAGUUAAAUGUACACACCACACAAAUAUACAUUUACACAUUCAGAAGUACACAAACUGCACCAAAAUACAGUGACACCAGCUCUGUCCUGGUCUACCCUGCAGUUUUUAUUCUCUUUGUAAAUGUAAUUUGCGUUCUAUAUAAAUAUAUAUAUAUUUAUACAUGUGUAAUAUAAAGACCCUGUUUUUUAAUGUAGGGUUUGUCUAGGGAGAGCUGCUGCUAUGUUGUAUCAUAUGCCAGGGCCUUCGUCAAGCCCUCCUCCUCCAGUACAGAACUGCCCAUUAUACACGUGUAUAAGUGGCUGUGCUCACCCAGAGAGAUCUUCUGGUUGUCUGUCUUCACCUCAUGCCUGUACAUAAAUGGGUUUCUUAUGUGCAGACGCAUUCAGAUCAUUGUUCUUAAUUGCAUCUCUGGUAAUACUCUGCAGUGAGUGGCGCACACAUCACCCUUGAGUUCAUUCGUUUUCACAACUCAAACAAGUGUACACUCAAUGCAUUCUGCAUUAUUUCUUUUUGAUGAAUAAUUUGUAGCAUAUGGCUCAUAAUGGUCAUGUACACAUAGCAAACUCAUUUUCAGUAGGUGGUAUUGUGUAUAUAUGAUAUCUCACAGGUGGUUCGGCACUCCCAUAUCCCUUUUCAACCAGUGAUUUGCUGCAUUGGGUUGGUGUGAGAGUAAAGGUAUCUUUGCAUGAUUAAAUCUCUGGAGCAAUAUGAUACAUGCACAUUCUUUGGAAUGCCCAAUGUGUUUUAUAGUGGGCAGCUCAACAGAAAGCUUUCUGUAACGGGGGGCUCUGCACACAUACAGAGCUUUCUGCAUGCACAGAAGGCAGUUUUUUUUUUUUUGGCUCUUCAAUUAUGUCAAUUGAUGAUGUUAAUCUAAUGUAAUGGUCAUUAAAACCCCAGACUUACUAAACACUCCCUAGUUACACCCUACCUGGCUCUGGUUGGGGAGAUCUUUAUUAUUAGGCCGGCGUAUAUUAGGGCUAUCAAAACAUGAAACAUACAUUAAGGGCUUGAUAUCACACUUAGCUGUGAGUUCAGUAAGGUGUGAAGAUGCUUGGUUGCUUUAGGUGUUAUAUAAAGUGUCACCUCUAGGCAAUAAGGCACUAAGGAGUUGAAUUACCACAAACCCUUACAGUAUUUUGAAAAGGGUUUUGGUGGGCUGAAGAUGUCAUAGGUGUAUACUCUCUAUUAAGUGAUUGCAAUUCAACUUCUAUAUUGCCUCCUCCAUGAAAAAAAAAGCACAAAAAUCAUUUAUCCUUUCAAUUUAUGUUUGAUCGGCACAUUAAUCUGUAUCUUUGAUAGCCCAGACUGGAGAAAGGGGAGUUUACUCCUUUCUCUUCCUCUUUUAAAUCCAUCUUUCUUAUUAUUUGCUGAGUUGUCUUGUAUGAAAAAAAAAAUGUUUUUAAAAAUUGUAUACUGACUUUUUUUGCGAAAGAGCGGAGAAAAAAAAUGUUCAAAAUAAAUUGCAAAAUAGU